AUUCCACAUUCCCCACAUAAACUAAUAUAUAGCAUUUUGCUUUGCCUACCAAUAUCAGUUGCCAUCCAAAUCUAACAAUAUUCUUAUGGGUGAUAUUUAAUUCUCUCUUUCUAGAGGAGAAAAGAGAGGAAGGGCUUCAACUCUUGCUUUUGUUCUAGAGGUUGAAGAAUGCAAAAUCUUCAUUUGCUUCUACACUUUGUUACUCUUCUGCCAUUUGUUUCUUGCUUAUCUCAUGAAGAGGUGAGGGAUCACAAGAACACGAGAGAAUACAUUCACAAGUUAAGUCCUAAGAUGAAAUCUGAAGUUGCCCUUCAUGGGGUUCUCUUGUGGGUUUCCAUGGGGCUCUUAGCACCUGUUGGAAUACUGCUUGUUAGAAUGCCACAUAGAGAGGAAGGUGGAAGCAGAAGGAAACUUUUCUUCUACCUUCAUUUGAUUUUGCAGAUACUCUCAGUUCUUCUUGCCACAUCAGGAGCUAUCAUGUCCAUAAAAUCCUUUGAGAAUUCAUUUGAUAACAACCACCAAAGGAUAGGUCUAGCAUUAUACGUUGCCGUUUGGGUGCAAGCUGCUAUUGAAUUUCGGAGACCUCAUAGAGGGAGUAAAAGAAGAAGCACAUGGUAUUUUCUUCAUUGGAUACUUGGAACAGUAAUCUCUCUAGUGGGAAUCAUUAACAUCUACACAGGCUUAGAUGCCUAUCACCAGAAAUUUUCAGCAAAUACAAGGAUUUGGACUAUAGUUUUCACUGCACAGAUCUCUUUCAUGGCUUUCUUCUACCUUUUUCAAGACAAAUGGGAAUAUAUGCAAAAGCAAGCAGUGAUUUUAGGCAAUAUUGAGCCAAUCACACCCACCAUUACUACUCAAAGUGAUGCCCACAAGGAGUUAGUGCCUGAACCAUGUGUAAAGAGAAAUGCACUAAGUAACUUGUUUGACUAAUUAAUUUUUAAUUAAUUAACAUGAAAUUUGCUUGUUUCAUUUGCAUUUUAAUCAUGGGUUUUGCUUGUUUGCUUCUAUUUUUUUAUGCUUGCACUCCAUUGAUAGAUUCAAAAAGCUAAAAUGUAGAUGGAGUGCAUGCAUGAAAAAAUUAAGGUAUAAUUGGCACAUCCCUUUUAUUAUUAGGUGAGUUUUCUUCCUAGAGUAUAUCCCUUCUUGAUCCAGAUAUAUUUUAGCAGUGGAUGUUAGAGAAGGAUCACUUGUGCAAUUACUGCCAAGUUUGUUUGCUGUAUUGUAAAGAAAAUGGAUUUGUAAGCAUUUAUCUGAAUAUGAUAUUGAAAGAGAAAUUUAUUGUAAUUUC